GCUAUCCACAAAAGGUACCCGAUCUUGGAUGGCACACCGACGCCGGUAGUUACUGGGGCACAGUCGAGUCCCCAUGAAUUACCGAGUAACGAUGAACUGAGUCCCGUGAGUCAGGCGGCUCUGCCUCCGAAUGCCCGAAAGAGCGAUAAGGAGGCAUUGCGCCUCUCUCGUGUACGUGGAGAUGCCCCCUCGGAAGGUUUAGGGUCCCACACUAUGUUUCUGCGAAGUUUGUUCACUGACGUCCUGGACCUGGUGUGUGAGAUUACCGAGUAUGUUCAGUCCCCAGAGGCUCGGGCAUUCCUGGGAUUCGAGCUCAUGCUGCAAGACUUCCACCGAGAUGCCACGAAUAACGCGCUCCAGGCCCUGGCCCCCGCCAUGAGUCAGGCCCCCGCCAUGAGUCAGGCCCCCGCCGUGGGUCAGGCCCCCGCCGUGGGUCAAGCCCCCGCCAUGAGUCAGGCCCCCGCCAUGAGUCAAGCCUUUGAACAGGACGCGCUGGCCCGGGCAUCUAUUGCUCAGGUACGUCACUGCUAUCCCAAAGCUCUCUGGGUCCAUGAACACCUCACCGGGUUUGUUGGCAAGGUGAAGAAACUGGCAGGGGACAAGGAGGAAGACGUGGCCAUGCAAGAGGACGUGCCAUUGGAAGAGUCGUGCGCAACGCUGCCGGAAGUUUUGGUUUGUCUUGCGGUACAAAAUAUACUCUUCAGCGGCGCCAUGACCUACAGCGGGGGUCUGAUGUCCGUAGCCCGAGCCGCUUUUCUUUCCACCGUGGACGGAUCGGACGCUCUGUCCUUCUAUUUUAAACACGUCGACCAGGACCUAAAGAUGUUCGGUGACUUUGCCGCACACAUAUACAGACAUCUCCAAAAUACAAAACUACCCCACGACAUAUUGUUCGCCAUGGUCACAGAGGCAAUGGUCCUUGAACAUCACUACCUAACCACUCUCUUCACUGAUCCGAAGCUGGAGCUACUCGUUAAUCACACCAGCAAUAUUCAAAAUCCAAGCGCGUGUGUGAGCUCCAAAAAUUCAGAUUGGCACGCCAAAGAGCACAUUGGUCGACUCGUGGGGGCCUUGGCACUGCACGUCAUCAGGGCGUGUGGCGAAAAAACGGAGGACUUUAUUCAGUACUUUAUGCAGGCGGAAGCUGCCACUGUGGAGAGGCUCAACGAGUCCAUGUACACACAACUUUUGGAGCUUCAAACAACAUAUGGAGUGAAUAAUCCCACCAUACCCCUUGUUCCAUUUUGCAGCUUGGAACUUCAAGACUGGCCUGUUUCGGGAUCCUCUGAGGACAGGAACCUUUGCGCCGUACCCAAGGUGGUCGACUUCAGCGAAGAGUUUUACACCCCAGUUGAGGCCAUGCCGGCGGCAGGUGCCGCCCAUGACACAACGGCGGCCAGCAGCAACAUCUUCGCCGAGGAUGGCGAUUUUUAA